GAUGCACAGGACAUCCCGAGGGGAAGAAGGACUGAAGCAAUACCGAGAAAGAAAGGAAAACUCUUGACAGCUUGUCUUUUACGUAUUAGAGCUGGAGAACGUCUGGACAAUGUCUCAUGCCACAGAAAUCCAGGACUUUGCGUCGGAUGAAACGAGCAGCAGUGAUUCAGAAUCGGAUGAAGACCCCUAUGAGUCAGAAAACGUUGAUGCCUAUGAUCUUCACUCAGACAAUUCACCUUUAUACUGCUACACCCAGAAGACCAACCAGAUUGUGUAUGAAUACCACUCUGGAAGGAAGGUGGCACGCCUUCGAGAGCCAAGAGAUCUCUACGGUGUAUCCUCAAACAGCUUCUUCCAACUACCACGGUGGCCAUAUGAGUGCCAGGUUCUCAAGGAAAAAAUUGAGCACAUAGAGUGGGAUCCUCCUGUUCCUGAACCGAUGUACAAGUCUUCAGGUUUAGAGCAGGAGCCCACAUGUGCUAACCCUACAGAAAGCAAGGUUAUCUACCAACUUAAUGAAGGUUUGAAGGAAUCUUACUUCAUGUGUUCUCGUGUUGGUGGCAACCGCAGCCCCCUCAAGCCUGUAUCCCCGAAUGGCUGUGAAGAAUCUGAUAACACACUGGUGUUUGAGUCUCGAUUUGAGAGCGGGAACUUGCAGAAAGUGGUCAAGAUUGGUGACUACGACUACCAGUUGAUCCUUCGAACUGACCUUUACACUGACCGCCACACCCAGUGGUACUAUUUUCGAGUGAAGAACACAAAGGCUGGUAUCCCUUACCGAUUUACCAUCAUUAACUUCAGGAAACCCACAAGUCUCUACAACCAUGGUAUGCGUCCCCUCAUGUACUCCGAGACUGAUGCCAACACCCAACACAUUGGUUGGAAGAGGAUCGGGGAUGAGAUCAAGUAUUACAAGAACAGCUUUGGCAGAGAAGGACAAUCAUACUACUCCCUCUCUUGGACCUUCAGGUUCCCACACAGUGGAGACAUCUGUUACUUUGCCCACUGUUAUCCAUAUACAUACUCUAACCUCCAAGAUUACUUGGCCGAGAUAGCCAAUGAUCCAAAACGGUCCAGGUAUUGUAAGAUUCGGGUCCUGUGCCACUCCUUGGCUGGUAACAUUGUAUAUGUAUUGACUAUCACCAACCCCUCUCUGGCCACUGAGGAACCCAAGAAGAAGAAGGCUGUAAUACUGACAGCCAGGGUUCAUCCAGGUGAGACCAACAGCUCUUGGAUGAUGAAAGGUUUCUUGGACUACAUUUUAAGCUCAAGAAGUGAUGCCCAGCUGCUGAGAGACAACUUUGUCUUCAAGGUGGUGCCCAUGUUAAACCCAGAUGGGGUGAUUGUGGGAAACUAUCGGUGCUCUCUUGCCGGACGAGAUUUAAAUCGCAAUUAUAAGUCUAGACUGAAGGAUUCAUUCCCAUCUAUAUGGUUCACCCGUAACAUGAUCAAACGGGUGAUGGAAGAGCGGGAGAUAUUGCUUUAUUGUGACAUGCAUGGACACAGCAGGAAGCAAAAUGUCUUUAUGUACGGGUGUAAAGGCAGGGGUGGCCAGAAUGGCGGCCAAAGUUACUUGUGCGAGCGCAUCUUCCCGUUAAUGCUCAGCAAGAUCUCCCCCGACAAGUUUUCCUUUUCAGCCUGCAAGUUCCAAGUACAGAGGAACAAGGAAGGAACGGGCCGCGUGGUCAUGUGGAAAAUGGGCAUUCAGAACAGCUAUACACUGGAGGCCACUUUCUGCGGGUCUUCACUGGGUAAACGGCGUGGAACUCAUUUUAGCGCAAAGGAUCUGCAGUCGCUUGGUUACCAUUUCUGUGAUGCACUUUUAGAUUAUUGUGACCCAGACCAAAAAAAGUAUUACUCUUGUCUGAGAGAAUUGGAGGAGAUGGUAAAACAGAGAGUGAACAGCAAUCGGCAACUCAGCUUGGACUCCGAAUCCACUCUGGAGAAUUUCUUAUCAGAGUUUGAUUCUAGCACUGGAGGAUCGGACAGCUCUGACUCGAAUGGUCCUCCUGCCCACCUGAUGGAGCUAGCUUGUAAGGUAAAACCACAGAGAAAGCUGCUAAAGUCAAAGAGAGAAAGAAAUUCCCAGAGGAAAACUCCCGGGAGGGUUCUAAUUCAGGAACCACAGGAGGAAGAUGAAAGCUCUGGAGAGAACGCUAGGGCGGUCAUUGUAGAGCGGCGGGUGAAUGCAGAGACUUCAGAAUUCAGCUCUGUCAGGAAGCUGCACAACCUUAACAAAGUGUCCAAAAAAAACGGGAUGACCAAGCAGCAGAGGACACCUCUCUUCCAAGACAUAAGUGCUACAAAGGUCUCCAUGAUCUACCUCGUGUUCAAUGCCAAAGGAGAAGUCAUUACAACUAAGUCCCACCCUUACACCAAGAACCAGGAUGUCAUGGACAUUACGAGCACCUUCAAUAGUAUUAACUGGAAGAGGCCACUCCCAUUAUUUAAAAAUCUGCUUUCCCAGCGAUGCCCAUUCAACAGUAUUCUAGAGCCAUGCUGCUACUACAUCAGUCCAGAUACCAGCAAUUCCUUCAGAACUAAUACUGCCAACGACACAUGGGUCUGUGAGCAUGGGUCUGGUAAUAGAGCGCACAAUUCAGGUAACUUUGUGCAGCACAACAGCAAGCCCAUGGAGGUAUGUUCUCCUGCGUCCCAAAACAGUGAUUACAGAGGGAGUGGACAGAAAAGGGAGAAAAUAGACCAUCUGAGACAUGAGAGGGAAGAGAUCUUCCUGCCAGAUGUGGCUACCUGUAGACAAGCUCCUCUUAAUGGAACAGACAUUCUGUAUACCACCGCUGCCACCAAAGUCCAAAAAGUGCAGAACAUUUUGCCGAAAAUGAUGUCCCAGCCUCAUAUAUCACACAAGUCAUCCACAAGAACCAGACCACUGCCCCCUACCAAGGUCAAAAUUAAAUCAACAGUUGAGUAUAACAAAGGGACAGUACAGAAAAGGAAAUUGGGAAAGCUUACUGGCCCAUGCCCCCAGGAGGAUCAUGUUACUACUGACCAUGCCAACCUGGAAGCUGCUGCUAACCUCCCUGCUAACACCUGGAAGGACAUCCUGAUUGGACUACAAACGGGUGAAGGGGGAGGGUCUGUAGAAAGUAUUAUGCUACAUCGGGAUACUGACCAUCCUAUACCUGUUCCACCUAAGGGGCAUAUGCUAAAAGAUAAGACCUCUAAUGGGUUUUCAAAAUUCACAAGGAAACCUGGACAGAGAGUCAGUCUGGUGCCUCUUCCAAAAACAGUCCCAUCCUCCGACUGAUGUAUCUUUUGAUCACGGCUCAAUUCACAGCCUUCUACUGUUGAGGACCCUUCAUUAGCUGAACUAUGUACAGUUUAAAGGGUUUGUGAUAAUUCCAAAAUUCACCAAUGCCUUCAAAUGCUGUAAAAAAUGAUUACAGGUCCAUACUCGCCUCUUUCUUAAACACCGCUCUCUGCACCACCGGUGCGGUCCUUCUCCUGCUUUUUAUAUACAGACUACAGCAGUCAGAGGCAAACUGGCCAUAGACUCUAUUGGGAAAUUUUCCAUUGGGCCAAUGCCCAGGUGGCCAUCCAAGUCCUCCUCAUGCCACCUACCAGGUAUCAGUGAUCUGAUGUUCUCGGCAUUCUUUAAUGCUAGGAACAUCAGGUACUUCUGCACCUGGCUGGUGAUACAGUUGAAUACUGCAGCAGGGGUAGCAGUAUUUUGUGCUGCACUGUGGUAUUUGGUUCUGCUGGGGUGGUAUUUUAUUGUAUUGCUAACCUACCUAUUUCUGAUGUCCCUGCCUACUUGUAUUGCCCCACCUUCUUUCAGUUUGGACCCACCUACAACAUGGAACUACUUUUAGUUUUUUCCAGUGCCACUUAAAGUUCCCAGUCCACCCCUGGCAGUUGUGACUUGCAGGAUUACGGCACGUGACUACUGUAGUCAGUCACUGUCCUCAAUGUUAUAACGCAUAGUAGAGUGACUGGCUGCAGUCAUCUUGUGCCGCAUAACUGCACUUUACCACUGCAGCCUGUAAACAGCGAAAGAAAAAAAAACGGCACAGAGUAUUGUGCCAGAGAAUGUCAUGGGUAUGUCAUUUUUUUAACAGCAUUUGGGAGCAUUGAUACGUUUUCUAAUUAACUCAGAAAACCCCUUUAACAAAUGGAAUUGCCAGUUGCGGGCACAGUGAUGUUAGGAGCCCCCCCAGGAGACAAAGCUGUCAAAUGGAGUGCUUCUAGAUAAUUAACUUGAAGAUCCUGGGUCAUAACUAAAUAUGUGCACCAUGAAUCCCCUACCAUCGUGUUUCAUUUAUAAUACUGAUGUCCCCCUAUGUGGUUGACAUGUCUGUGAGGGGGCACUGAUGGUACCUCUGCACUCACUUUUAAUGUAUGUGUCUACCCCUAGUGCGGGAACACAGACUUUCUAUAUCCAGUAAACACAGUAUUUAAAAGAUAUGUAAACUUUUCAACUUUUUUUGCUGUAAUAUACCUAACCUCUGGAGCAGUCUUUAUUAAAAAUCUACUACAGUUUUUUUUAAUACAGCACCUAUGCAGACCUAUGUGUCUCCAUGGUUACAGACUACAAACAAACCCUAUGUAGUCUGAUACUGUAGUUAUCUGUCUCAACUUCUACUGUUUGACUGUUAGCAGGCGUAAAGUAACGCACAAGUGCCACAUCUAAUUCCACAGUUUAUGUUUGUAGCCUGCAAUCAUGGAGCUACAUAGGUCUUCAAAGGAAGAUUUUUAGGCAAGACUGUUUACAAAAAUGCAGUUUUUUAUUUAUUUAAAGGAGUUAUCUGGUAAUUAAUAUUGAUUACCUAUCCUCAGGAUAGGUCAUAAAUAUCAGGUCCGACACCCGCCAAUCAUCUGUUAGAAGAGGCCGGCGCUCCGUGAGUGCAGUGGCGUGGCUCCUUCCUGGGCCAUGUGACAUCACUGUACAUUGGUCACAUGACCAUUGAAGUAAGUGGGGCUGAGCUGCAAUACCAAUCACAGCCGCUUUACUAUGUACAGCUCUGUGCUUGGAGAGCUGCCAGGAGCCGGCUGCAGUCACCUGAGCUCCAUUGAGCAUGGCAUCUCCCUGUAACAGCAGAUCUGAGUUCCAGCAACUCCGCCGAUCUAAUAAUGAUGACCUAUCCUGAGCAAUGGUUAUCAUUAUCCAUUACUGCAUAACCCCUUUAAGAAGUAUUUAAGAAAACAAAAACACUGUAAAUAUAUAUGCAUUUGAAUCAAUGCACAUUUUGUUAUUUACACCAGUUAUUUGGUCAUUUAUUUCCAUCAGUUAUAAUGAUCCAAAGACAGGUUCGGGACAAAAACAAGAAACGGGUGCAAAUUUUGCCAUUACACCUUAUCUCUGGGUAGGCCUCACUACUGGUUUAGGCGCACAAUAACUGAUGGAAAUAACUGACCAAAUAACUGAAGUGUGAACUCAGCCUAUUAUGUGUAUUAUUUAGCUACGCAUUAUAGUUUUGUUGAUAGAUGGUUCUACCAUAAUAAUGCAACCUUUAUUGCACAUGAUUGAAAAAAAAAAAUUAUGUUUUGGGGCCCAUUCAAAUGACCAUAUGUGUUUUGCAGUGCACAAGCGUUGAUUUCUAAUGCUAAUCUUGUUUUCCCCUACUCCUAACAGCAGCAUAAUAAUGGGGUAUUUAUGCCCCUGAGUAGUGGCAGAACAGAUUGCAUUUUUAAUGAACUAAUAAAAUAUUAAAAUUACUUCUCCCCUUCCUAUAUAACUUCCCCAGAAACCCAGUAUCCAGUGGCAUACCUCCAGUAGAGGCAGACCACGCAGCUGCUAUGGGGCCCGCGGGGAAAAGGGUCCCACAGUGGACCAAAGGCUCCACGCACUUAUUACACUCAUUACUGUCCAGCUCCAUUAUAAUAUCCCUAUCAUCAGUGGAGCAAGCUAAAGGACCUGUGGUGAAGUCAUCACAGGUCCUGUACAUCUAGUAAAGGAACUGCGCAAAGAAUAGUGUAGUUCCCAGGUUAGAUAGGAGCAUCUGCCAGGACCUGUGAUGACAUCAUUUUCAGCAUCACAGGUCUUGUACAUCUAGUGAAGACAGAGCAUCAUCACAGGUCCUUCAACCCUCAUCAACAUGGAGAAGAACUGCACAAUGAGCUCUCUAUGGAGUAGUAAAAGGAGGUCCUCCUCCUUUCUCUUCAUUUGCCCACCAUUUCCUAUUUUUACUCAUAUCUUACUGACAUAUAUAUAGUACUGCAGACAGUUACAACCACUAUUAACUCAUGUACCUCACACAAUAAACAUAAUAAAUAACUGACCACAUAUAUCUGUACACACUGCACUAUUAU